AUGUCCUACUAUGACAUCGACUCAAUCUUGACUGAUGCUCAGAAACUGCCAUGUACCUUCGAGCUUGAGGUCCCUGGACUAGGCGUCCUGGAGGGCAACCCCGGCGAAGACAUAAAAGCGGGAACCCGCAUCGACCUUCCACUAUGGCUUGGUGAAAUGCUUUCUAUCGCAGCUCGAAUCGGGACAUCACGUCUCGUCACACUCGAUAUGCCCGAGGCGCUCUCCGAGCGAGUGAUGAACGCACUGAAAGCUGACCCCCGCACCGUGGAUUUGCGAGCGCUAGCACCACAUUUCUAUAAUCUCAGCGAGCGGAUUCUUGAAUUAUUUGAAGAGGAAGAAUUGGUGGAUGUGUUGAGCGAUACUUUCAAGCGCCGAGCAGCAGAGAUUGCCGACCAUGCCCACAACCCGCGGGGUGCAGUAGGUGACGGUGUCGAAUUCCUACGUGGACUGGAUGAGACAGAGCGACAAUUGUUUCGGGCUGCGCACGACCGGGCAAAAGCGAUGCGGAUAUGGGCUGGAGAGGCAAAGCGAAAGUGA